GAGUAGAUUGUUCAGUGUAUAUUAAACAGUUAUACAGUAUGUAUCGCUUUGUGAUCUUCAUUGUUGUUGUGGCGUCAGCUUUGGCUGAUGAUAUAGACAUAAGAGAGUGCGGUCGUAUUUUCCACCCACCUCCACAUGGUUGUUGCAAAGAUAAUAACGCAAUUAAAAACAAAGACAUGUUAGCCGAAGAAUUAAAAGAAUGCUUUGAUGCGUCUCAAUCGAAAGACCCUAUGAAAUGUGAAAUUGAUCUAUGCAUAGCCAAAAAGAAAGGUUUUGCCACUGAUGAUGGCAAAUUGGACAUUAAGAAGUUCGAGGAAGUAAUGACAAAAGACGUUGCUCCUGAUAAAGAUCUACUCGAUGAAAUAAAGAAAAAUUGUAUCAACGGGGACCUCAAUAACUAUGGACCUCCAGAGUUCUGCGACUUUAUUAAAAUCAAGCACUGUGUCUCGUUGCAUUUAAUCAAUCGCUGCACUGAGUGGAGUGAUGAUGGGAAUUGCAAGAUUGUUAAAGAAUUAGUUGGAAAAUGUGCGAAGGUCAUAUAAUCAACUUAUUAAAAUUACCCACGUAUCUAGUUGAGAAAUGGAAGUGGACGGAAACCUUUACAGAAAUAUUAAAAUAAAUUUAUAUUGGAG